CGGGCUAGUACUACCUAAUAUAUAGGUGGAGUAUGGUAAAAUUAGCGAUGCAGAUCAUUUAUAAUUCUGUUAUUCUCUGAUAAAAUAAUUUUGGGAAUACUGUUUUCUAAUAAGAACAACUAUAGUAAAUUAAGAUGGAUUCUAAUCUUAACAUAACUCCUCUACAAAAAGAAUUAAAUGAAUCAAGUCAAAAAUUACGACAAGAAUUAUUUGGUAAUUCAAAUGACCAAUUAACUAAUGUGUCUCGUACUCUAACACAAACUUCUGAUAGCUUAUCCAAAAUACAAAAAUCAAUCGAGGAAACGAGAGACAAUAUCAAGGUAAUUGAACGAGAUUUAAAAUCUUUAAAAAAUCUUACGUUUAAACUUGAUCAAAGUUUUGUUCCCAAUGUUAAAAUUUCAUCAGAUCAAUUCAUUGAAGCAAAAUAUAUUUAGCAAAGUUUUGUAUUAUAAAAUAUUUUGAUUAUUCCAGAAAUUAUACAGAAA